CCCUUCAAUCUCUCCUGAAUUCUCACAGCAUGGAAGAGUCACUUGGUAGAUUUCUGACCAGUUUACGCUGACUUCUGUGGAGCUUUACACUUUUCAAACAAAACAAACCUAUUCAUUUAAUUGAGUUGGCAGACAACAGCUUCAGUCAGGCGAAACUAUGAUCUGGAGGAGCUUUGGGGUGGCUUUAUUUUUGUCAUCCUGUCUCUGUGCGUCCCGCUGUGGACCGAUUGCUGAGGGGGACCCAGAGCUGGGGUCCGGGGCACCACUCACAGUAGAUGAAGUAGACUUGCUGGACAAGCUUGCUUCCUUUUCAUUUGAUCUCACCAACAUUUCCCUUUCACUUGAUGAAGAGAAUUGCACAGUCUAUGAAGUUGGACAAUAUUCCACCCUCAGCAUACCAAGUCGAGAAGUAUUUGGAAGCAGUUUUGCAGAUGAAUUCAGUCUCCUGAUCAAACUGCGCUACACAAUGAGAGAAGACACGAUUCUUUUCACCAUACUGAGCUAUCAAAGCCACAUCCUGCUCCAAGUCAGACUCAGUCCCUCUGCUUUUGUGUUUGUGACCACCAGGAGACGCCACUAUGAGUUUCCUAUUGCUUUUCUUUCAGAUGGCAAGUGGCAUAAAGUUGCAAUUAGUGUUUCCUUGAAUAAAAUGGAGGUGUAUGUCGACUGCAAGCUUAUUGAGAGCGUCAGGUGGAAGAAUUACUUUGGGAUGGAAAUAACUACAGAAGGGCUAGUCAUUAUCGGAGGACUGAUCGAGGCCUUUGAGACACCUUUCAAGGGGCUAAUUCAGCAAUUGUUAUUUGUAAUGGGAGAACCAACUGCAGCCAAAGCACAAUGUACUAGAUACAACCGGGCUUGUAGGGAGACUUCUGAAGCUGAAACUGUCCUAAAUGGCUCUGGUUUUCAUCAAGACAACUAUUUUCUACCAGUACAGUCUGAGGGUUCUGAGUAUACAACCCCUAGGACACAUGCAAGAUCUACCUUGUCUGAGAAUCUAGCUCAGGGAUCUCCAAGGAAGAAUCCUCCUGUGGAUAUUUCUGUUACAAAUACUGGACCAGGAUGGCCAAUUGAAGAUGAUCAACAUGGUAGCACAGAACUGCUAAACCUUACUUACAAUGAAAUCGCAAAUUCAGGACCAGCCUGGCCUGGUAUAAAUAUCAGCAAUCCAACAUUCACACUUAAUUCUACAGGUAUUUCAAAUGCUAUUCCACAAGUUCUUGAUUUCAGAAUCAAUAAAAUGCAGGGAAAGAAUGAUGACUGGACUAAUUUAGAGACUUCUAAUAAACUUGAUGAACUUAUUGGUGAAGAGUUCUACUUAUCAAAUACAGAAGAUCAAGAAGGUAUCACAAUACAUGGAGAUAAACAGGAUGGGGGGUUAGUGGUGUCUGAUGAAUCCACAAUGUCAUUAACCACUCCAAAAGCUUACACAGAUUUGCAGACAAUUUCAUCAAUUUCAACACCUCGAGAUGUGAUCUGGUCUCAAAAGGAGACAGGUUCACAGCAGAAGGAAAACAUGUUGGCAGAGCAUGAUAACCUUGCAGACUCGAAGAGGAUGAGGUGGUAUGAAGUUGACAUUGAUCUAGAGGGUGUACGUUUCCAGGGUGAGAACAGCAAAGGAGAAAUUGGUUCGAAAGCAGGGACCACGGAACUGGAUCAUAUUGAAGAGACGUUCCAUUGGGAGAAUGACAGACAUCAUGAAAUUUCAAAGAGUGCUGGAAACCAAACAGUGAUCCAUCCAAAUCCCAGAGGGCAAAUGAGAAAAAGGAUAGGACGUCCUGGGCCACCCGGGCCAACCGGGCCACCUGGCUCAAUAGGUGACCCUGGACCACCAGGACCUAAAGGAAACAAAGGUUAUCCAGGUGGAAUAGGACGGACUGGCCAAACAGGUGUUCCUGGUCUUCCGGGUCCUCCUGGCCUGCCAACAAUUUAUCCUUGGAGAAAUUCCCAUGAAGACUGGUUGGCCUUUUUUCAAACACCUUUUUAUCAGAUAUUGCAAGCAGGUUGGCCUACACAGCGUGGGAUUCUAGGACCUCGUGGACAACCGGGAAAGCCAGGACCUACUGGACGUUGUGGAGAUCCUGGAAUUCCAGGUACACCAGGCUUACCAGGGGACAUGGGGCUUGAAGGACUCAGGGGCUUCCCAGGCCCAAUGGGUCGGAAGGGAUCUCCCGGAAUCCCUGGUGAACCUGGUCCUCGAGGUCCGUCUGGAAUUCCUGGAGAACAGGGACCUCAGGGCUAUAUGGGAAACAAUGGAAUUCGUGGAGAGAAAGGGGAGCAGGGAUUUAGAGGAUUACCUGGACCAGUUGGGGAUAAAGGAGAAAAAGGAGCCAAGGGUGUCCAAGGUGAAAUUGGACUUCCUGGGGCUUUUGGGCCUUUGGGUGCCAAGGGUUUGAAAGGAAUUCCUGGAUUACAAGGUCCAAGAGGUCCCCCAGGAGAGUUUGGAUUAAUAGGAGCACCGGGACUGCCUGGGCCAAUGGGCGAAGAAGGACCACCAGGACCAAAGGGUGUGGCAGGUGUGAAUGGCUCAGAGGGGCAGAUUGGGUUGCCAGGGUUACCUGGACAGAGGGGCCCUCAGGGACCACAUGGUAUGAAUGGAAGAAGUGGUCUUAAAGGAAAGAGGGGCCAUCAGGGCCGGCCUGGAUUAGAAGGACUUGCUGGUACAAGGGGAGAUCCUGGUGAAGAUGGACCACCUGGGCCAAGAGGGGAACCUGGUUCUGAAGGUCCAAAGGGAGUGAUUGGAAUGCCGGGUAUCAGAGGUCCACCAGGCGAUUCAAGGGCAAGAGCAUCAGAUGGUGCACAUGGGGACCCUGGAGAGAAAGGAGAUAUAGGACCACCUGGGUUACCAGGUAAAAGAGGAUUCCAGGGACCAAGGGGGCCACCUGGAAUUCCUGGAAUUCUUGGUCAUAAGGGUCAGCUUGGAGCAGUUGGAUCUGACGGUGAAGAUGGAGUCAUGGGUCUUAAAGGACAGCAAGGACCUGUAGGACCCAAGGGCAACAGAGGAUCUGAUGGCCCAAAAGGAAUUCAAGGAUCCAGAGGGCACAGGGGGCGUAUAGGUCAGCGAGGAUUAGUAGGAUUACCUGGACCAGCAGGAUUAAAAGGCCAGCAAGGAAUACCGGGUCCUGAAGGAAAGCCUGGUACACAGGGUACAUCUGGAAUUCCAGGUGACACUGGGAAGAGGGGGCCAUGUGGCUUCAGAGGAAUAAGGGGUAAUCGAGGAUCAGAUGGACUUCCAGGACUACCUGGGCCUCCCGGGCACCCCGGACCUGAUGGAAUUCCUGGUCAAACAGGAGAAAGGGGUCCCCCUGGUAAACCUGGGCUCUCAGGACUGCAAGGACCUGUAGGCAUGUAUGGAUUCCCUGGCCCUUUGGGUUUGCGAGGAAGGCCAGGAUCAAGGGGAGGCAAGGGAGAACCAGGUAAAAGGGGACAACUGGGACAAUCCGGAAAACCAGGUCUAAAAGGUCCAUGUGGCAAGCCUGGUGAGCGAGGGCCUCCUGGACCACCAGGCAGAAUGGGAGAUCCAGGCCCUAAAGGAUUAAAGGGGCUUCCUGGUCAACCUGGAAACAUAGGGAAACAUGGUGCUUUUGGCAAGAUGGGACCACCAGGUGACCAAGGACCACCUGGAGCAACAGGCCUCAGUGGAAGCCCUGGAUAUAAAGGAAGAGAAGGAGCUGUCGGACCUGAAGGACCUCUUGGACAAAAGGGGGAGAAGGGUGAAAUGGGCCCAAUAGGAGACACUGGUGUAGCAGGACUGGAUGGGGAGCAGGGUGUACCUGGGGGUGAAGGUGAAGGAGGCCCUGCUGGAAGGAAGGGAGAACAGGGUGCCCCAGGAAGUCCCGGCAUGCCUGGCCCAGCAGGGAUUAAAGGAGAAGCAGGAGCUGAGGGAUUACCAGGACCUCCAGGAGAGAGAGGAGCAUCUGGAGAAAAGGGAGAGCUAGGUCUGGAAGGUGAUCCAGGAGACUUUGGGCCCAAAGGAGAAAAGGGUGUUGAGGGCCCACAGGGACUCCCUGGUCCAUUCGGGCCCAUUGGAAUAACAGGAGAAUCAGGCAGCCGAGGGCAGAAGGGAGAGAAGGGAGAGCCCAGUUUAAUGGGUCCAGUUGGUUUAAUUGGCAUUACAGGCCUGAUUGGACAUCGUGGACAAGCUGGUGAUGUGGGACUGAUUGGACCAGAGGGAAAAGUUGGGCCCAAAGGAAAGAAGGGUGAACAUGGGCCUAUUGGAAUGCCUGGACCUCAGGGUGACAUUGGACUUCAGGGGUUACCUGGUGAGAAAGGAGAAGUUGGUGAUCGUGGAAACGCUGGGCCCAUUGGUCCACUAGGUCCUGUAGGAACCAAAGGUUUACCAGGACCCAAAGGUGAAAUUGGAUUUCAGGGAAUGAAGGGUGAAGUAGGUCUUGAAGGAAAACCAGGUGUUAUGGGAUCAGAUGGACCGGUUGGGGAAACAGGCCCAGUUGGGAAACCAGGGACAGAGGGUCCUAUUGGAGACCAAGGACCACAAGGUGGAGUUGGCCAACCAGGCAGAAUGGGUCUAAGAGGUCAACGAGGACUGGAAGGCAGAAUGGGGACCAAAGGAGAAAAGGGUGACAAUGGGAUUGUUGGAAAACCAGGAAACCCAGGAAGAGCAGGAAAGAUGGGGAAGAGAGGAAAAGCAGGAUCAAGAGGACUAAGAGGGAAAAAAGGUUUAAAGGGCUCAAGAGGUAAAACUGGACCUGUAGGACCACAUGGAUCAAUUGGACCUCAUGGAAUGCCAGGACUAAGAGGAGACAAGGGGAUUCUUGGUCUGAAAGGUCUAAAGGGAUUAAUGGGAGAUUCAGGACUUCCUGGGCCUUUUGGGGAUCCGGGGAAAAAGGGGAAUCCAGGAUCCAAAGGUCUCUCUGGAGUGCCAGGUCAUAAGGGUGAACAGGGCGACAUUGGCCACCCCGGGAAUGAAGGGAUGGAAGGAAUACCAGGAUUACCGGGUCGACUUGGACCAAAGGGGCUUAAAGGAUUUCCAGGAAUGCCAGGGAUAAAAGGUGCUGUAGGACCACCAGGCCUCCCUGGUCCUCCUGGUCCACCAGGACCUUCACUGAAAAUGCCUAAAGAAGAAUUCCAGAUACUUUUGAGCAAAGCACGUGGUACAGUUUCCCAGAAAAUUUGGAAAACUCUGGAAGCUUUAAAAAUGGAAAUUCGGUAUAUCGUUGCCCCACCCACUGGAACCAAGGACAACCCUGCCUCAACCUGCAAAGAACUGAAGCUGUGUCAGCCACAGCUCCGUGAUGGUUUCUAUUAUAUUGACCCUAAUCAAGGUUGUCCAUAUGAUGCACUUAUGGUCUACUGCAACUUUACAGCAGAUGGAGCAACCUGCUUGCCAACUGUGGAGAAUGAGGUUCCUACAAAAGGUUGGUUCAAAGAGCAUCCAAAGGAAAGUGCACAUCAGUGGUUCAGCACUACAGAAGGAGGAUUUCUGUUUGAAUAUCCUGGAGUAAACAUUGUGCAGCUUCGUUUUUUAAAACUUCACAGUACACAUGCCAGGCAAAAACUAAUCUACAAGUGUAAACCCGGUCUUAAUUUGGUCAAGAUGAAUAUAAGUGAUCCCAGAACAAUUCAAUUCAUGGGUGACAACCAAAAGAAGAUACAUAAUGGGCACAAAAGCUUCUCAGUUAAUUUUGAUGGAUGCUCGUUGAAUGACUCUGGACCGCAUGAGAUUGAGUUUGAAGUCACCACUGAUGAAGUUGAUCUACUACCUCUUAGAGAUUUAGCACUCUUUAAUAAUGGCAAUGGCACUCAGGAGUUUGGCUUUUCUGUUGGUCAAGUGUGCUUUUAUUAAUCAUGUAAUCCAGUCUCUGGAAGACCAAUGGAUGAUACGAAUACCUGUUUUGCAUCACACAAAUAAACCAGCAACUGAGGACAUGACAGUUUUAUUUUUCAAAUGACUUAUUGCAAGACAAGUGCUUUUACAAAAGCUGCAUUUUUUUUUGGAAGGCAUUAUUUAGAGAGGCUUCCAUUAACCUUUGGACUAAGUUCCUACUGAAGGGCCAUGUAUUGUUUACACCAGUAAUGCAACUUUGAAGAGUUUGCUGUCAACUUCUGCAGUAUGUGCCUACCACCUUACAUAUCUUGGAUGGUACUUGACUGAGGAUAAAAGCUGGAUCAUGUUGUAUUUUUGUAUUCAUUUAGCACCGAAAAUUAAGCUUUCAAAACCAGAUGAAUGAGCACUGAACUCACAGUUUACAAAAUUGAUUGCAGUUAUUAUUGAGAAGCUGCAUUUGCACGUGUAAGUACAAACACUAGUGUUGCCUGUCAAUAUUUCACUAUACUAUCAACACCUGGCCCACACUUUAUUGCUCAAAGCAUGACACAAAACUGGAUCUUGACUUCAAUAAUGCAUAUGUACAUCAUUUCCUGCUUUAUUCUGAGGUGCAGGAUUGAUACUUAUAUGCAGUAAUUGUGAUACAAGCUGGAGGUUUUAGGUCUGUACCGAUCAGCAGCAGAGGUUUAGUUACAAUUGCUGUCAGUGGAUUUUGUCUUGCGGUCACCAUGAAUUAGUGAAGGUUCAACAUACAUUUCUGAACUUAUUCUCCCAACACUAAGAAGACUGCAAUUUCAGACCACAUUUGGUUCUUUGUAUUUAUUUACAUGCUACUAAUAACUCAUAUAUAUUUACAUAUUACUACUAUAAAGAGAUUGUGUGGCAAAAAUACCUCACUGUUGACCAUAUUGUAUUGCUAGACUGAAAGAAAUCUUUUAGGCAGCCACAGUAAUCUGCUAGCAUGGAACAGUUUUGUUUGUAACGUAUGGCUGAAAAAUCUGACUGGGAGUAUUUAACCAUAAUGUGGAUAAUAUCUGCAUAUUAAAUAUUAAUAAAACAUCUCUCCCAUCAUUCCAUAAAAAAGAUAGAAAACCAUUUCAGGGACGAGCUAUUAGAAUCAAUGCUCAAACAUUAUGUAGGAGAUAGAGAAGCAACAUUGCCUACAAAGCCUUUUCUGUUUUUAUAUUGCUUGUUCAUCCUUUAAUCCUUUCUUAAUUUUGAUUUUAUACAUUGGGCCAGUUUUUCUUAUGUUAAGUACUUAUACGUUCUGUUCUUUAUAUACAAGGUGCAAAAGAAUUUAUUAGUAUAAGUAAAAAGGCACAUGCCUAGAAUGUUAUAUAUAUAUGUACCUUACCUGGAAGUGAGGAGGCACUUUGUGCUUUCCAGCAGUACUGUAUCACAGCUCUUAUUUUUGUCAUUACUUUUGUGUAAUAUACAUCCUCUCUGUUAGAACAUAAUCCUGAAUGAAAGUGAUAUGCUGGUCAUUUUUGCUGAUUAAAAUUCCAAUUUUUGUGAAUAAAUAAAGGUAUUUUAAGUGUA